AUGGUAGACCUUGCCUAUGACUAUGAAAAGGCGAUGAAACCACGCAUGUUGGUCAAGCGGGUGGACUGCAUAACGUUAAUCGCGCCUAUGAUUACACGUACGACCUCUGUUGCAAGUUGCAACCCUCUCAAAUACAGCUCAGCAAUGAUGCAGUUCACCUACACCCUCGCCAUCAUGACCGCUUACAUUGCUGUUUCAGUCGCGGCUCAACCGCCGCCCGAACCUCCUCAGAUGCAUGCAUACAUUCAUGGCUUCCCUGCGCAAGCCUGCCAGGUUUCUCUGUACAGGUACAAUGAAAAUAAAGCGUGGCCUACCAAGUUGAUGAAAUACGUCGAUGUCAGUGAUGGUCAUGACGGCGUCGCCGAAUUCACUCUACCACCGAGUUUGACACCAUCUCGAGUGGUUGUUGUAGUGAACGACCGCUGUGAGCCGUUGAAUGAUUAUAAAAAGCCCAAUCUCUGGCAGCUUGGUAUCGUUUCAAUUAGGUGGGAUAAUGAGGGGAGAGCUCCAUUCGACGUUAAAGCCGUGAUUGCGGCAGCGAACAAAGAGCGGGAUGAGCUUAACAGAGCUGCUAUGAUAAAUCUCGAAAAGAUUUUGGCCGGACAAGAACCCCCUGCUCCUUCAAAGGGUCGAACCCAGGCGCCAACUACACUACCUGAUGGGAGAGGGCUCUUGCGCGGCCUAUCAAAAUAUUUCCAUUAG